AUGAAGAGGAACGAGAGCCCCGGGAAGUUUCUGCUGAUGAUGAACUGGCGCUACCGCCACCGCCAUACCUAUGGCGCAUGCGCAUCGCAGGAACCGCAGCGGAUAAAAGGGUCUCUCGAUUGUGGGGGCUUCUGGGGAUUCACUCAGUCAUCCAAACUACAGAUACACCAACAAGUUCACAAAGGGGAGAGGCCAUUCACUUGCUCAGAAUGUGGGAAGAGGUUUACACGGUCAUCUAACCUACUGGUACACCAGGCAGUUCACACUGGGAAGAGGCCAUUGGCCUGCUCAAAUAGUGGGAAGGGAUUCACUCGGUCAUCUAAGCUACUGGCACACCAGGUAGUUCACACUAGAGAGAUGCCAUUCACCUGCUCAGACUGUGGGAAGAGGUUUAUUUGGUCAUCUAACCUAAGGGUACACCAGCGAGUUCGCACUGGGGCAAAGCCAUUCAACUGCUCAGACUGUGGGAAUGGAUUCACUCGGUCAUCUGAAAUGAAGGCCCAUCAUUUAAUUCACACUGGCAAGAGACCAUUCACCUGCUCAGACUGUAGGAAGGGAUUUACUCGGUCAUCUAAUCUGAAGCAAGUUCACACUGGGCAGACACCAUUCACCUGCUCCAACUGUUGUAAGGGAUUCACUCGGUCAUCCAGCAUACAGAGACACCAGUGA